AUUAUUGUUUACUACCCCACACACGUGCAAGGAGGUCGGGAAAGACAGGCAAGAGCUCACCACAGCAAGUGACAGGAGCCAGGCGGGCAGUGACGGGAGGAGGCAGGAUGGCGUUCUCCGUGGUGCUGGAGGACGAGGCCCGCACGGUGUGCCGCCUGGUGCUGUUCACGAAGGUGGAGAAUGCCGGCCAGGUGCGCAAGCUGAUCCUCGCGGGAGAGGUGGAGGCCAGCCUGAUCAAGCCCCAGAUGGUGGUGGCGCCGUUCCAGGUGGUGGUGGCGGCCAACAGGGCGGUGAGGGCACAGGCGCUCGGCAAGAUGGCAACGCGCUCUCUCUACACGGAGGUCAUCUUCAAUCUCUCCACCAAGAAGAACAUAACGAACGCCCUUAAAACCUUCGGGCUGGGGGACGAGGACAAGGAGGUGCUGGCGGUGGUGCUGGGGACAGAGGAGGAGGUAGAGGCCAGGGUUACCAAGAUCACCCAGCAAAUCAGUGGCAAGGUGGUGGCCACAUCGGAGCUGGCCAGUCUGACACAAGAGGCGCAGGUGCGGGAGCUAUACAAGGUGACACCUGAGGAGCUCACCGCUGGGAGUCUAUUGGAUGCCGUGGUGUCCCGCAUGGCCUGUCGGGAUUUCCUGGUCUUGUGAGUGUGUGUGUGUGUGUGUGUGUGUAAGCUAGUAAUGUCUUUGAUAUUGAUUUGUAUUUCUGUUUUUAUGUAUGACGUUUGUACUUAUUGCUUUCUUUGUUACGUGUGUGUGUGUGUGUGUGUGUGUCUGCAGUUCUACAUGUUCCAUACAAUUAUAAUGCCUUGCCUAACAUAACUUCAUGGGCAUACAGCAUGAUGUCCAUGAAGUUGUGUUUUAUUAUCAUAUCCUGGUGGAAAGGGACAGUCUUAUGGACCACCAUGGUAAACCCCAGGCACUCAGGCACAUCAUAGCUGGCCUCACCUCACACAUCCACAGCAAGGUCCCGCAACACUCACUGUUUCCUACCUCUCACCUACUCCAAUCCUGACACCACAGUAGAUGCAGGGUACUUCCACAGCAAGGCCCCGCAGCACACACUGUUUACCCCUCCCUCCUCAUGAUUGGACUGUUCCUUACUCUGCACCUCCUCCAAUCCUCACACCUCAGCAGAUGCAGGAUACUUUCUAGAAUAUACUUAGCAAAAAAAAUAUACAUAAAAAUACCUUAACUUUCCCCACCAAAAUCUAGCAGUAAUAAAUUAAUGAAUGAAAGGAAGAAAAGAGAGAGAGUAUAUACUGAUAAUGUAUUAUAUCAAAUCUCAUUAAAUUAUUCUUACACCAAACAUUUCAUCUCUUAUUCUAAAGUGUCAUUUGUUUUCUUUUUAUUUGAUGGGAUUUCUGUGUUCUUAUGUAUUCAUUUAUGUUUUUAUGUUAAAGAUGCCACACCCACAUUUUGGCAAGCUGUACAACAAUGAAGUAAAGUAAUACAGUAAUAAAA